UUAGUUAUUAGUAUUACUUAAUAAAGCAAAAAAAAAAAAAAACUCUCUCAUUCAUUCUUUCACACCUCACUUCACUGUUUCUUCUCUUUUCCAUUUCUGCAAUCACAGCGCGUGAAACCCUAAUCCGAUCAUCAAUGGCACCCAAAUCCAAAACACGCGCCUCCUCCGAAGCUUCUGAAUUCUUCAAACCUGGAACCUUAAUCGAAAUCAGCUCCGACGACGACGGAUUCCGCGGUUCUUGGUUCUCCGGCAAGAUCCUCCGUCGCGUCUCCGCCGACAAAUUCAUGAUCGAGUACGAUACUUUGAUGGAAGACGACAAAGGAACUAAACCUCUCAAAGAAACCCUGAAGCGUCACCAGCUCCGACCAAUUCUCCCAACGGAGACUAACCGGGAAUUCAAAUUCGGCGAUGAAGUUGAUGCGUAUCAUAAUGAUGGAUGGUGGGAAGGUCACAUUACCGAGGAAUUGAAGGAUGGAAGAUUCGCUGUGUAUUUCAGAGUCUCAAGGGAGCAGAUCGUGUUCACCAGCGAGGAACUCAGACUUCACCGUGAAUGGAUCGAUGGAAAAUGGGUUCCACCAUUUCCACAACAGGAAGAUAAUGAUAAUGAUAAUGAAACUGAGAAAGUGAAAACUAAGCGUGUGAAGGCUGCUGAAACUGUGACUGUAGAGAAGGAUGAUUUUAAGUUUAACGAAGGGGCGUUGGUUGAGGUUUGUAGCGACGAAGAUGGUUUCAAAGGGGCUUGGUUUUGUGGCACCAUUGUUGAGUUAAAGGGAAAAUCUAAGUUUGUUGUUGAGUACGAUAGCCUGGUUGAUGAUGAUUCAAAACUAUUGAGAGAGGAGAUUAGUAUCUUGCAUGUCAGGCCUCGCCCUCCAAUAACUGCUGAUGUUGCUGAGUUCAAGUUUCUUGACGAAGUUGAUGCUUUUUACAAUGACGGUUGGUGGGUUGGUCUUGUUGCUAAGGUUCUUGGGGACUCGAAGUAUGUUGUUUAUUUCAGGAACUCUAAUGAAGAGCUGGAGUUUCAGCAUUCUCAGUUGAGGCUACAUCAGGAUUGGAUGGAUGGCAAAUGGGUCAUGGCUUCUAAGGCGUUGAAAGUUUGAAUGUUGAAAGCAGCAAGAGAUUGGAGGGAAAAACCAGGCGCCAUGGACUAAGGAAAAUAAACCUUGUGUAUAUUUGGACUCAGUUCUUACUCGUCAAAACUUUGAACUUGUAGUUCUCAUGGAUCAAAACUUUGGCCUUGUUGUUUUCAUGUAUCAAAACUUAAACUCAGCUUGAUUGGGUUAAAUGGCAUUUUAGGUUCCAGAUCAAGUAGCUUGGACCUUCAGAUUUCAGUUAGUAUACCUGCUCAACAAGCAUUUCAUAGUUUUGGAUUCUGGUUUGUCGUAUUAUUCCUUUCAUUCUUUUAAUAAAUGUAAGAUUUUAAAGAACGUGUCCUUGUUUAUUUUUGAAGAAUGUGUAUUUUUAUUUAUUUCGUUUGGUGAAAAUAAUUAAUAUCAUCCGGGACCAUGAGUAUCAAAGCAUGGUAAUGGUAAAUUAUAGCUGGA